GGAAGGCUGGUGGCACAGGGCCCUGGGAGACGUGGCAGUGCCUGCAGGGGGUGGGGACAAGGCAUUGGGCCCACCAUUAGCACCAUGCUCCUGGGGAUCCUCGUGGUGCUCUGCUUCAUCCCCACUGCUGAUGUAACAGAAAACAAGAUUUUAGUGGCUCAGCGUCCUUUGCUCAUUGUAGCUAACAAAACUGCAACUCUAGUCUGCAACUACACAUACAAUGGAACAGGGAAGGAAUUUCGAGCUUCCCUGCACAAAGGAACAGACAGUGCAGUUGAAGUUUGCUUUAUUUCAUGGAAUACAACCAACACUAGCAGUAAUUCAAAUAAAGAAUUCAACUGUACGGGGAGUCAUAAUAAAGACAAAGUAAUCUUCAGUCUUUGGAAUAUGAGUGCCAGCCAAACUGACAUCUACUUCUGCAAAAUUGAGGCCAUGUAUCCACCCCCAUAUGUCUACAAUGAGAAAAGCAACGGGACCGUUAUUCACGUGAAAGAGACACUCAUCCAAACACAAGAGCCUCAGUCUGCAAUUCCUUUGUGGAUUAUGGUGGCAGUGACUGGAGUUCUUGCUUUCUACAGCAUGCUAAUAACUGCAGUGUUUAUAAACUACUGGCAAAAAUCCAAAAAGAAUAUGUACCAUCAGAGUGACUACAUGAACAUGACUCCCCGGCACCCACCACACCAGAAGAACAAGGGUUACCCAUCCUAUGCGCCAACACGAGACUACACUGCAUAUAGGUCCUGGCAGCCAUGAUACCCACCAGCUGCCCCACCAGUAGCCUCAUAUGCUAAGUCACUUGCUCUUGGGCAUGAAAGGACAGCUGCUCAUUUUCUCAUCUUUACUGAUCAUGGAAACCUACACCAUAGCAAGUAUUGGCUAAACUUUGAUAUAAUAUACUAAACGAAAAACAAACAAACAAACAAACGUAAAAAGGGGGGGUGGGGUGGUAAAAAAGGUUUGUUCUCCAUGAUGGCCAAAAAUGAGAUACAACUUGUGUUGGGGGCUGUCAGUGGGUAAGAUAGAAAAAUGGCAUCAGGCCUCAGAGCUGAUCUUUUAACAUUUGUGGUUUUGCUCAGCUGUUGGGAGAACCAGAAUUUCUGACCUUUCCCAAUAACUGCUGCCUUUGGUUUAACCCCAUGUUUCCUUUCCUGUAUGUUUAAUCCUCAGAAACCCUUGUUGCUGUUAAAUGUGGCAAAAUGGAAAAAAAAUAAAAAUAAUGUUUUCUUCCCUACAAGAGCAGGGCACAGUUUGAAGUUCAAAACACAUGCUUGAAAGAAAGAGGGAAAAGUCAGCCAGAAGGCAUCCAAGGUAUUAGGCUAUGGCACCAAUGGGCGGCCAGGAAAAAUCAAGCUGAUAGAAAACUGUUUUUCAAAACCUUCACCAUGUGAGUCCUUAUGUUGGACACUUCAUAGAUGUUUGUAAGGCCAUGUGAAGUCAUGACCAAGCAACUCCACAGAGUGAGAAAGUAAUCAACUUGAAGACAAAAUCAAGACAAGCAGGAGAGGAAGUAAAUUCUGUUGCUGUCAUGAAGAACCCCAUUUCUGCUUUGUUUGCCUCUUACAGUGAGGGAACACAAGUCAUCUGGGAAGCAUUAGAAGACACAGAGGUCAGAUUUUGAGGAAAGCUUUACUUUAAUUUUUGAAUUUUUGUUUCUAUCCAAAAGGCAUUCUGCUAAGGCCUGAAAAUUCAUGCACAUCUUCUUGCACCUAGGUUGUAGCAGAGCUCUUUUGAAAAUCUGGGUCCAGUUAUGAGCAACUAAAGAUCACAUGAAUUUUUUUUCCAUAAGUACCCAAUUUUUGGAUGAGAGAGUAUCCUUCAUUCACACCAUUGUGAAUUGGACCUGCAAGUGUCCAGCUGCCUGCAGGGACUUCUCUGGGCACUUCAAGGAACUUUGUGUUGACUGGAGGUUACCAUUCUAUCUAAAGAUGUUCUUCAGGAAUGCUCCAUGCUGGAGAAGGACAAAGUCUUCAGCAAAACCUGCUUCAUUCUUUCAAUUAAGCAUGUUUACAUUAACAAGACAUCCUAAACUGUAAUUGGGGUUGUCUUGGCAUAAAAUCUCUUUUCAUACUAAGGAGAUGAUGUUUAUUUCAUAGGGACUACUGAAUAAAUAA